AUGAACCAGAGCAGAGAAGAGCAGAGCAAUCUAUUCAAGUUUUUGCUACUGCUAUAUGAGAUUUAGCUCCUCCAUGGAGGUGACUGCUCCAUCUUCUCAUGGAGGCUCCCUUUUCAACGUGAAAGCUCAAAUGAAGAAGAAGAAGAAGAAAAAGGAGCAGCUGCAGAAGAAGAAUGCCAUGGAGAUUACAGCAAGGCUGGAGGAAAUAAUUAACUAUGUGCAGUCAUUGCAGAAUCAAGUUGGGUUUCUCUCCAUGAGACUCGCUGCUGCUACAAGAAGUUAUGAAGGGCGCUUAGAAGACCUAAUGGAAGCCAUAACAACUUCUGUAAUUCAACUUUAAAGCAUGAAUGUUGACGUUGCAUGCAAUUUGUGUAGUACGUAUCUUAGCAAAUUGUGCGUGCAUCUAUAAAAGAAUCCAUCUCCUUGUUUCUAGUUCAUGUGAGCCUCAGAAAGGACUUGCAGUGUUCUAGUUCUGCAAAGCUUUCUUUAGUUGAAUCCUAUUGUCCUGCUCAGCCUGGAUUAGGGUGAUAAAUGAGUCAAAAGUUUAUGAACAUAUUUGAUGUUUGAUAUCAUAAAAAUUUGUUUAUGUUUGUUCAAUACACAUAAAGUCAA